AAAACACGUCACUUAAUGGGUUUCAAAACCUAAAAAAAAGGGGUUUCCGGUUUAAAAAAAGGCCUAAAAUAUGGCCGCAAUAGAUGCGGUCUCUGGCCCAUCGAGCAAGAGCUUGACCGGAACGGACAAAGACAAGACGGGAGUAAUCGUCGAGAGCAAGGAGCACCAAGAGGAGAAAGAUUCACUGUUUUCCUCUGAGAAAUCUGAAGAGAAAAUCGUUAAAAUCCAAACGCCGGAAUGCGAGGACGCGCCUCCGGAAGUAGAGUACGACAAGGAGGAACUGGAGCAACUGGUCGGUUACGUUAAAGAUCUUACCAUCUUGUACGACCUUCGUCCGGAAGAUUGGACGGAAGAGUGCUACAAUACGAUAAGGUACUGGCUGACCACACUGACGGAGCCACUCCUAAUAAUUUUCUUUGAUGGGGAUGAGCUCGUGUGCGACACGUUCGCCCCAAGAAACCCCAUCAUUGACGCCACCUACUUCCUUAGGGAACCCGGAGUUGCUUUUACUGUGAAAAACUUCCACGACGCGGUGUUCUUUGGGACAGUCCACGGAUCCAUCGAAGGCACCCUGCUGAAAAUCAUCGAGAACGUCUACGGUCCUGCGCUGUUUCAAUCCCAAAACUGGCCAGACAGUGUUAAAAACGACUUUAAUAACGCCUUGCACAUGUUCCUAGCAAAACUGACAGAUUUGCACUAUAAAAUGCACGGUCUCACCGUGCUCUAUGUGCCAAGGAUAAUGGGACAUAUUCCUGUAGAGGUCGCUAGUACCGAUAAGGAGUUUGUCAAGAGGAUGGAGGGGGUCGUGGUUUAUUGGACCAAACAGGUUAGAGUAGGGCUGCAGGACCAAGAGCAAAACCCCACUGAAGACAUGCAUCGUCCCAUUGACGAAUAUAAUUUUUGGAGGAAAAGAUAUGAGAACUUGCUGGGGUUAAACUAUCAGCUAGAAAAUCGGAACAUAAAGCACUUAUGUAACCUGCUCUCGGCAGUUCAGUCGUCUUAUGUAAAACAGUUUCGCGUGUUAGCUGAGGAAAUUGUACAUAACGUCGAGGAAGCCAAGUCGAAUAUUGAGUAUUUGAAUGCAUUACAGGAACCGUGCAAGGUGUUAGCUGACCUAAAGCACCCCGCAGAAUUUCGACUUAUCAUUCCAAAAAUUCUCAACCUUAUUCGAUAUAUCUGGAUAAAGAGUCCGUACUACAAUACUCCUGAGAAAAUCACUAUUAUUUGCAGGGCUUUAAGCAACCAAAUCAUUUUGCAAUGCACCGCGUUUAUCGAUAUGGACGUGGUGUUUAAGAAAAAGGAGUCGAGGAAUGCCAUUAAGAUGUUUGAGAUUUGUAUCCAGUGUUUGACGGACUAUAUUAAAACUUACGUUUUGGUCUCAGAGUCUCACACUCAAUUUGGAGACAUUCCAUGGAACCUGGACAGGGCUCCGAUAUUCAACCACGUGGACUCAUACAUGCAACGUUGCAAAGACAUGAUCGAGGUGUGCGAGGCAAUGAUAGUAUUUGGAAGGUAUGACGAGACAGAGAAGAUUCCCAAACCCCUGUUUGGUACCUCCAAAGGGAUUCAAUUUGAAAGUUGGGCGGACCGGAUCGAGAAAAUGUUCAACGACAGCCUGGACGACAUCGAAAAGGUGAAGUUGCGUGUGUUAGACGUGCAACAGGCCGAAUGGUAUGACGACAUCCUGAAAUUCCGCACCAGAAUGAAGGAUAUCGAGGUGGUGGUGGAGAAUCUCACUAAUGCGGUGUUCGACGAGAUCGCUAACGUUGAGGAGGGGAUCGAGAGUUUGGCAGCCAUGUACAACUACUCGAAGAGAAAGACUUUGUUUUCGUUGUUUGACGGGAAAACUUUACAAAUCUAUAAAAUGUUUCGGGAAGAAAUCCUGGAUACCAAGCAAGACACUCAAUCCGAAUCUGACAUGUACCCGACCAUCUUGCCCUAUUACUCCGGCAGAGCCCAAAUGCUCAAAAUGAAAAAGAACCGACUGAUUAUCCUAAAAAAGAUGUUCGAUGAUGCUGGUUGGAUGCUUCCCUGCAGCAUCGCGAAAGAAGUCUUUGCCCAAUACGAGAAAUUAGUCGCCUCAAUCGAUGAUAAAUGCUUCAAUUUGUAUCGGAAGUGGAUCGAUAGUAUUGGCGAAGACGUGAACCAACGGUUGCAACGACCUCUGAUGUGUAAAAGUGUGUCUAAACCUGGAUUGCUCGAGUGUAAUAUUGAUAGGUCUGUCCUGGACAUCUUCAAAGAGGCAAAAUUCUGGGACUCCCUAAACUACGAGAUCCCCACCUACGUGAAAUCCGUCUACCAAAAGGCCGAAAACGUGAAGUUUAUUUACCAGUGCGUCCUCAACGUGGUCCUCGACUAUAACAAGAUAAUUUCCUCGUUAAGUGACGAGGAACGAUUGCUUUUCAAACCUCUAAUCUCCACGGUUGAGAAGAAGAUAGCGCCUGGUUUAACCAAGCUGACCUGGGCUACUGAUAUUGGCGACGAAUACAUUGCGGAAUGCAGUAACAACGCAGCCGAAUUGCAAGAUUUCGUCGACAAUUACAAGCAGUGCAACUUACAAAUUGUACUGAUUUGUGAGAAAAUAUGCGAUACGCCUCUGAUUUGUCUCACUCAAUACACCGCAAUGGAUUUGCAGGAUCUCGUAGAUGAUCUUAGUAAGAAAAUGAAUGACACUUUAAGCAAAUUAAUUGAGCAGUAUCAUAAGAUCAUUGAGUAUCUCGUGAUGGUUUUCGAAGGGUUUGAAAACGUUAUGGGAUCAAUGGCCAACCAAUGGGUGAAGUAUAUAUUCAACUUUGAUAAGUUGAUGGAGGAGGCGCUGAAGAUUUGCUGCAAAAACUCUUUGCAAUCUAUGUUCGAGGCUUUACAUGGCGAUGGAACUACUGAUCCGAAUCCGUUAAUUAAAAUUGAGGUUAAUCUUAUUGGGAAUAAGAUAAACUUUAAUCCUACCCUGGUGAGUGUGGCCAGAGUAAUUUCAAACGUCCAAAACACCCUCAUCGAAGCUGUAAAAUCAUUGCCAAGAUUAAACGACAAAUUCCAUGUGUCCGAUAUCGACUAUGUCGCUUAUGGAGACCUAAUAGAGAACGAUCACGAUUGCAAACAUAUGCAACAACAAUUAAAUCAAGAGGUGCGUGUGGCAAUUGAAAAGAUCAAAGAGUACAUCAAAAUCUGGGAACCGUUUAGGGAUUUAUGGGAGGUGGAUAAGGAUAGGUUUAUCCAGCGUUACGCUAUGGAAGAACCCUCUGCUUCCUUAUUCGAUGCGAAUAUCGGACGUUAUACCGAGUUGGCGAAUAACGUUCAAAUCCAAGAUACCGUGUCCGACGUUCAUUUUUUGCAAAUGAACUGUGCGGAACUGAAAAAGUCGAUUAUAGAACAUUGUGUCGAGUGGCAGCGCAAGAUGUGCAUGCUCUUGUUCAAAUUAUCCGAGAAAAAACUUGAGGAUAUUUAUGAUUAUAUGGAAAAAAACAUUACAGAGAUUUUACACGAGCCGGAAAACCUGGAGGAAAUGCAGUUCUCGUUGAACCUCUAUACAAAACUCAAAGAAGACAUCACGUUCAUAGAAGAGCAAUUCCCACAGAUCACGGAUCAGAUAUCCAUCUUGGAUAAGUACUCAGUCGCCAUUCCACAGUCUAUGAGGCUCAGACAUAAAAAUCUUCCUAAGGAGUGGGGUCUGUACUUGGAGUCAUUGGAGCAAGCGGAGCACAUGCUCGAUUACUCAAAGGAACACUUUAAGAAUGGACUUUUGGAACAGGCCGAGGGGGCUAGACAGAACGCUAAGCGGCUUUUAGAUGAGUUUUUAGUUAAAGGUCCGUUUACCUCAGACUGGUCAGUAGAGGACGGACUCGCCUACCUCCAAUCAAUGCGAGUAUGCUUGAAAGAGAUGCAAGAUCGGGACGAUCGUCUGCGCACCGAAUUGGCGAUAUUCGGGCUCAGCUACGACGAAAGCGUCGACAUAGCUAAGCUCGAAUCGGAACUGACCUCGUUGGAACUCGUAUGGGAACUGGCGGCCCAAUGGAGUGCCGCAUGGAACUCUUAUAAGUCGGGCGAGUUUUGGUCGAUAGAGACGGCCGCUAUGGAGGAAACUGCUCAGGUGCUUUUUAGGAAGUUGACCCGGCUGGCUAGGGAAUUGAGUGAAAAAAAUUGGAAGAUUGUGGAAGAUGUGAGGAAUCAAGUAGAUGCCUUUCGUAGAACUUUACCGUUGCUAGGGGAUUUGAAGAAUCCGGCCAUGAGGGCCAGACAUUGGGAUAAAGUGAAGAAGGCUGUCGGGAUAGAUUUUGAUGAGACCAGUUCUGAGUUCAAUUUGGAGGCUAUUUAUGCCAUGGAAAUGCACAAAUUUGCAGAAGAAAUCGGUGACAUAUCGAAUGCUGCCACCAUGGAGCUACAAAUCGAGAAGGGUCUUCGGGUCAUUGUGGACACCUGGAGCACAAUGCAAAUCGAGAUAAUUUCCUAUAAAGAUCGUGGGGUAUACAGAAUCAAAAGUGUGGACGAUUGCUUCCAAGCCCUGGAAGACAACAUAAUGCAACUCUCAACGAUGAAAAGCACGAGAUUUGUAGAGCCGUUUGCGAAAGUGGUGGACUUUUGGGAACGCACCUUGUCUUACAUCAUGGAAACGUUGGAGAUUGCAUUGCAGGUGCAACGGCAAUGGCUCUACCUAGAGAACAUAUUCUUCGGGGAAGAUAUCAGAAAGCAGCUGCCGAAGGAAUCGGAGGAUUUUGACCAUAUUACUGAGAGUUGGCGCAAUAUUUCUACGAGACUGUACUUUUCAAAAACGGCCCUGAAGGCCACACAUUACCGGCCGCCACCUUACUUGCUCCAGAAGCUUAAUAAGAUGUACGAAAAGUUGGAUUUGUUACAAAGAGCAUUGGAAAGGUAUUUGGAAACGAAAAGGCACGUAUUUCCACGUUUUUAUUUCAUAUCGAACGACGAUAUGCUAGAAAUCUUGGGCAACUCGAAAAAGCCCGAACUGGUGCAGCCCCACUUGAAGAAACUAUUUGACAAUCUGACCAAAAUCAAAAUACAGAAAAAUACGGGGGUAAACAAGCAAGAGUGUGUGGGUAUGUUGGCCGACGAUGGUGAAUAUCUCGAGUUCGUAAAACCGUUCAUCCUGGACGGUCCUGCCGAAUUGUGGCUCCUACAGCUCGAAGCCUCCAUGAGGCAAAUCCUCAAGACCACUUUCAAACCAGUGAGGGGAGAGUUGAAAAAGAACUUGAGCAAACGUGACAAAUGGCUACUGGCUAAUUGUGGCCAAUUGUGUAACGCGUGCAGUUUGAUUCAAUGGACUACAGACUGCACAAGGGCCUUAGUGCACGCCAAGAUGAUGGAGAGUAAGAAACCGUUAAAACGACUAAGGAAGAAACAGAAUCAGGUGCUGAGUAAACUGUCGGAGCUGAGCAGGAAGGAGUUGACUAAACUGCAAAGGUUGAAGACUAACGCGUUGAUUACUAUCGAGAUACAUUCCAGGGACGUGAUUGAUAGGCUUUAUAAAGCGAAUUGCAGAGAUACCAACUCGUUUGAGUGGUUUUCCCAAUUGAGGUUCUACUGGGACAGGGAAUCGGACGAUUGUAUAAUAAAGCAAACGAAUACUUGUUUUAAUUAUGGGUACGAGUAUAAUGGAAACUCUGGACGAUUGGUUAUUACUCCUUUAACAGACCGUUGUUACAUAACGUUAACGACAGCCCUACACCUCUACAGGGGGGGCAGCCCCAAAGGGCCCGCAGGCACAGGCAAAACCGAAACUGUCAAAGAUUUGGGUAAAGCCAUGGGCAUGUGGGUGAUCGUCAAUAAUUGUUCGGAAGGCCUGGAUUAUAAGAGUAUGGGUAAAUGCUUCUCUGGUUUAGCCCAAACUGGAGCCUGGGGCUGCUUCGACGAAUUCAACCGGAUCAACAUCGAGGUGCUAUCGGUGGUCGCUCAGCAGAUUUUGUGUAUUUUUCAGGCUCUGUCUCAGAAACAAGCCCGGUUUAUAUUUGAAGGUUACGAAAUCAUCCUAAAAUGGACCGUGGGCAUCUUCAUAACGAUGAACCCCGGUUACGCGGGCAGAACCGAACUGCCCGACAAUUUAAAGUCCAUGUUUCGCCCCAUUUCCAUGAUGGUUCCCGAUAGCGCCAUUAUCGCCGAGAACGUUUUAUUCAGCGAUGGGUUCUCCAACACCAAAGCGUUGGCCAAAAAGGUGUUCACCUUAUAUCAAUUGGCCAUUCAGCAAUUAAGUAAACAAGACCAUUACGAUUUCGGUUUGAGGUCGAUGGUGGCCCUUUUGAGGUACGCGGGACGUAAGAGACGCGCCAUGCCCAACAUACCUGAAGAACAAGUCGUUUAUUUGGCCAUGAGGGACAUGAAUAUCGCGAGGUUUACAUCGAACGAUUUGCCACUGUUCAAUGGGAUUAUGUCGGAUAUUUUUCCCGGAGUGAAUAUCCCUGCUGUCGAUUAUAUGGAUAUUAAUAUGGCCAUGAUUGACUUUAUGAACGAGAACAAUAUACAGGCUAUACCCAUCGCUAUGACCAAGGUGAUCCAACUGUACGAAACUAAAAACUCAAGGCAUUCGGUGAUGAUCCUUGGAAAGACUGGCACAGCCAAGUCCGUCACCUGGAAAACGUUGCAGGGUACCAUGGGAAAGCUGAAACAUCAAAAUAAACCGGGAUUUAAUAUGGUCCAAGUAUAUCCAUUGAACCCAAAAGCAUUAAAUUUGGGGGAGCUUUAUGGCGAAUAUAACCUGAGCACCAACGAGUGGUUGGACGGAGUGAUCAGUGCAAUAAUGCGUAAGACCUGCGCAGAAGAAACGCCAGAUGAAAAGUGGAUAUUGUUUGAUGGACCAGUGGAUGCUGUUUGGAUAGAGAAUAUGAAUAGUGUUAUGGAUGAUAAUAAAGUGUUGACGCUUAUCAACAGCGACCGGAUUACUAUGCCCGAGCAAGUGUCCCUGCUCUUCGAAGUUGGUGAUUUGUCGGUGGCUUCUCCUGCUACAGUCAGCAGGUGCGGCAUGGUGUAUAAUGACUAUAAGGACUGGGGUUGGCAGCCCUACGUGAGAUCAUGGCUAUACACUCAGAAGCAUAAAGGGCAAAAGUGCCAGGAUAUAAUCUGGCGUUACUUCGACAUGUACCUGAACAUGAUUCUGGAAUUUAAACGACUCCAUUGCAUCGAAAUCGUGGAGUGUUGCGAGUUGAACUUGGUCUCCUCGUUUUGUAAGAUGUUGGAAAUAUUUAUUACAAAAGAAAACGGAGUGAACCCGAACGACGAGGAGCAUUUUGAGGAUUCGGUGAGGAACUGGUUCCUGUUUUGCAUGAUCUGGUCAAUUUGUUGCACCACAAAUGAGGAAGGCAGAAUGAAGUUCGACACCCUCAUAAGGGAAAAAGAGGGAGUUUUCCCUAUUAAAGAUACUGUUUAUGAGUACUUUGUUGACGUGCAGAAUUACUCUUUUGCCAGUUGGGAAGAGAAGCUGAAAUAUGGUUGGAAGUACGACCCAACGUGGCCAUUUUACAAGCUAAUAGUACCGACCAUAGAUACAGUGAGGUACGAGUUUGUAGUGAACGCCUUGUUGCAUAAAGGUUUCCCGGUUUUGUUAACCGGUCCGGUGGGUACUGGGAAAACGUCUACAGCGCAAUCGGUACUGGGAGCCAUCAAUGCGGGCGAUUAUACCGUUUUGAAUGUUAAUAUGAGCGCUCAGACGUCCUCGAUCAAUUUACAAGAUGCCAUAGAGAGUAGGGUGGAAAAACGUACAAAAGGGCACUUUGCCCCCGCCGGGGGUAAAACGAUGAUCACCUUUCUAGACGAUCUGAAUAUGCCUGCCAAGGAAACUUAUGGUUCUCAACCUCCAUUGGAACUGUUAAGGCAAUGGAUGGAUUAUGGGUUCUGGUACGAUAGGGCCAAACAGACCAGGAGGUACAUUGAGAACAUGCACAUCUUGGGUUCAAUGGGUCCCCCAGGCGGAGGUAGACAAGUCAUCUCCGAUCGUCUACAAAGCAGAUUCAACUUGAUCAACAUGACUUUCCCUGACGAGGCGACAAUCGAGAGAAUUUACGGCACCAUGUUGCUUCAGCAUUUAUCAAAUUUCGACGAGGGGGUGAAGCUUGUUGGGAAAACCAUCACUGAGGCCACCAUUGAUUUAUACAAUAACGUGAUCCAAAAAAUGUUGCCAACCCCGACGAAGAUCCACUACCUAUUCAAUUUGAGGGAUAUUUCCAAAGUGUUUCAGGGACUGCUAAGGAGCCACAAGGACUACCAGAACGACAAGUCGUCCCUUCUGAAGUUGUGGAUUCACGAGUGUUUUAGGGUGUUUUUUGAUAGACUUAUUGAUGAUACGGAUCAGGAGUGGUUUCAGGUGCAGAUGAACGAGCAGCUAGGCAGACACUUUGAUCUUACUUUACACAGCCUGUGUCCUGGUAAAGAGAUACCUAUUUAUGCGGAUUUCGUGAAUCCCUGGAACAUAUAUGAGGAACAUGCAGACGAAUCUGCCCUAAGGAAGUUCAUAGAAAACCAAAUGGACGAGUACAAUGUGUCACCUGGGGUUGUAUCGAUGGAUUUAGUGUUGUUUAAGGAUGCUUUAGAGCACAUUUGUAGGAUUGUUCGGGUAAUAUCGCAGCCUAGAGGGAACAUGCUGCUUGUGGGCAUAGGCGGUAGCGGUAGACAAUCCUUAUCCAGAAUAGCAGCCUACAUCUGCGAGUUAAACACCUUUCAAAUAUCGGUAACACGCAGCUACAGGAUGUACGAGUUCAAGGAGGACCUAAAAACUCUAUAUAACGUAACCGGUAUCCAAACUAAACCGACUUCUUUCCUGUUCAACGACACCCAAGUGACCGACGAGGGCUUCUUGGAGGUCAUCAAUAACAUGCUCAGCAGCGGGGAGGUGGCGAACUUGUACAAACCAGACGAGUUCGAGGAUGUCAAGAAUAAGCUGGAAUCUGCGGCAAACAAAGCUGGAAUCAUGCAUACGAACGAGGCGAUGUACGAGUUACUUAUAACGAGGGUGCGGGCCAAUCUGCAUAUCGUUUUGUGUAUGAGCCCUAUAGGGGAUGCUUUUAGAAACAGGCUUAGGCAAUAUCCUGCUUUAGUGAACUGCACGACCAUAGACUGGUUCCAUGAGUGGCCCAAGGAGGCAUUGUUGGAGGUGGCGAUGAAGUUUAUUGCAGACGUCGAUUUUAGCGAGACUAUUACUGGAAAAGAGGCUAAAACCAGAAGGGAAUCCUUGGUCCAAACCACCCAAGAAAAACUAAUGCUGGCCACCUCCGAAGCCUUUUCCACCAUACACGACUCGGUGGUGCAAUAUUCCAAACGGAUGCUGAACGAAAUGAAACGUUACAACUACGUGACACCGACCAACUAUUUGGAGUUGGUAUCCGGAUACAAACGAAUGUUGGCCAGUAAACGCGGUUCCGUAUCGGCGCAGGCCAACAAGUUGCGCAACGGUUUGUGGAAAAUCGACGAUACGAAAGCGAAAGUAACCACCAUGUCAAUCGAGUUGGAAGAGGCUCAACUUAAGGUGGCGGAAUUCCAGCAACAGUGCGAUGACUAUUUGGUGAUUAUCGUGGCUCAAAGGAAGGAAGCUGAUGAUCAACAGAAAGAAGUAGCCAAGAAAAGCAUCAAAAUCGGCGAAGAGGAGAUACAAUGCAAGAAGCUCGCGGAUGUAGCGCAAGCGGAUCUAGACGAAGCGAUGCCUGCCCUGGAAGAAGCCGUCAGAGCCCUGGAUUCUCUCAGUAAAAAGGACAUUAGCGAAAUGAAAAGCUACGGAACCCCCCCGCAGAAAGUCAAAAUGGUGAUGGAAGCGGUUAAUAUCCUAAAAGGAGUGGAUCCUAGUUGGGCGGAAGCCAAACGUCUCCUGGGCGAGAUCAACUUCCUAAAAGACCUUAAGGAGUUCGACAAGAACCACAUUUCGGAGAAAACGAUGAAGAAAAUCGCGAAUUACACCAUGAACGAGGAGUUUGUGCCCGAUAAAGUGGGCAUCGUUUCGUUGGCCGCCAAGUCGCUCUGCCUAUGGGUUAUUGCCAUCGAAAAAUAUGCCAAAGUGUGGAAAGUGGUAGGACCGAAAAAGGCGAAACUGGACGAAGCUUUGGAUUCACUUAAAGAGAAACAAGCGAUGCUGGCCGAAGCGCAAGCGAAACUGGCCGAGCUCAAUAUGUACCUUCAAAAGUUGCAAAAGGAAUACGACGAGAAGUUGGAGCAGAAAGAGGAAUUGAAUAGGAAGGCGGAACUAUUGAAACUGAAGCUAGAACGAGCUGCCACCUUGGUGGACUGUUUGGCAGGAGAGAGGCAACGUUGGGAGGAAACGGUCAAAGUUCUCGAUUUAAAGUACACGUUUUUGCCGGGCGAUUGUUUGUUGGCAACCGCUUUUGUUUCGUAUUUGGGGCCGUUCGUGAGCUCUUACCGGGAAGAGAUGAUUGGGAUGUGGCAGAAACUGAUGGUCACAGUAGAAAUCCCCACCUCGAGUGACUUCAGUGUAAUUCCAUUUUUGAGUGACCCAACUACCAUUCGCGAAUGGUGUAUCCAAGGCUUACCAGCCGAUAACUUUAGCACCGAAAACGGGAUCAUCGUCACCACCGGGUCCAGGUGGCCAUUGGUGAUCGAUCCCCAAUGCCAGGCGAUGAAAUGGAUCAAAGCGAUGGAGAGCAAAAACCACUUACAAGUUAUAGACUUUGGAAUGCCCAACUUUAUGUCGAUACUAGAAAAGUCGGUACAGGUUGGCCAUCCGGUGCUGCUACAAAAUAUAUUGGAAACAAUCGAUCCGUCUAUUAAUCCUAUAUUGGCUAAAGCGAUUGUUAGACAAGGAGGACAAAAUAUGAUCAAGUUGGAUGACAGAUUGGUGUCCUACGAUGAAAAAUUUAAAUUUUUCGUGACAACCAAGUUAACUAACCCCCAUUACGCCCCGGAAAUAUCAACGAAAACCACCCUGGUAAACUUUGCGGUGAAGGAACAAGGCCUCGAGGCGCAAUUGCUGGGGAUAGUGGUGCGUAAAGAGAAACCCCAAUUGGAGGAACAAAAGGACAGUUUGGUGAUGACCAUUGCCACAGGCAAAAGAACCCUUCAAGACCUAGAAAACGAACUGCUAAGACUCUUAAAUGAGACAAGAGGUUCCCUCCUGGAGGACGCAGAACUGUUUAACACCUUACAAACGUCCAAAGCCACAUCUGAGCAGGUUACCAAGAGUUUGGAAAUUUCCGAGAAGACGGAAGUUCAAAUAGACGCAGCGAGAGAGGGCUACAGACCGUGCGCCAAACGGGCAUCAAUCCUAUUUUUCGUGCUCAAUGACAUGGGCAAUAUCGAUCCGAUGUACCAGUUUGCCCUAGAGUCUUACAUUUUUCUGUUUGUCAAAUCGAUAAUGAAAAGCCCAAAAACGCCAGUACUAAGCGACAGGAUCAAUGCGCUAAAUGAAUAUCACACCUUUGCUGUAUACAGAAACACUUGUCGGGCGUUAUUUGAGAAGCACAAGCUGCUAUUUUCGUUUCAUAUGUGCAUCAAAAUAUUGACCGCUCAAGGGAAGAUCGUGCCUGCCGAGUAUAAUUUUCUGUUAAAAGGGGGCGUCGUGUUGGACAGGGAAAACCAAAUGGAAAAUCCAUGUGCGGCGUGGUUGAACGAAACCGCUUGGGAUAACGUAACUGAAUUGGAUAAGCUACAGGGCUUUCAUGGCGUAAUCGAUUCGUUCGAACAGUACUCCAGGGACUGGUAUAAUUGGUACACCCAUACCGAACCUGAAACAUUAUCUUUAAUAGGUGAAUGGGAUGGAAUCUGUAAUGAAUUCCAAAAGAUGCUAUUCGUCCGUUCCCUGCGUGCCGACAGGGUGUCUUUUUGCAUUACGAACUUUAUAGUAAACCAACUGGGGCCCCAGUUUGUCGAGCCGCCAGUGCUUGAUGUUAAAGCGGUUUUGGACGAAUCAGUACCGCAAACCCCCUUAAUCUUCGUACUGUCUCCGGGGGUAGAUCCGACGUCCGGUCUCCUCCAGCUGGCGGAAAGUUCGAAAAUGAGCUCCAAGUUUCAGUCGUUGAGUUUGGGACAAGGUCAAGCUCCGAUCGCCACAAAAUUAUUACAGACGGGUGCGAGAGACGGUCAAUGGGUGUUCCUGGCGAACUGUCACCUUUCACUCAGCUGGAUGCCCAAGCUGGACAAGAUUGUCGAAAUUUUACAAACAGGCAAAGUGAAUCCGAAAUUUCGCCUGUGGCUCAGCUCUAGUCCCCAUCCGGAUUUUCCGAUUUCGAUUUUGCAAGCGGGCAUUAAAAUGACCACCGAACCUCCUAAGGGUUUAAAGGCAAAUUUAAAACGAUUAUACCAGCUGCUGACCGAGGAGCAAUUCAACACGUGCCAGCAUCCUGAAAAGUACAAGAAACUGCUCUUCGGCCUCUGCUUCUUUCAUUCGAUUUUACUGGAGCGGAAGAAGUUUCAGCAGCUCGGCUGGAACGUGAUCUACAGCUUUAACGACUCGGAUUUUGAGGUUUCAGAAAAUUUACUGCAAAUUUACCUGGACGAGUAUACGGAAACUACUCCGUGGGACGCCCUCAAGUAUUUGAUAGCGGGGGUCAGCUACGGAGGUCACGUGACUGACGAUUGGGACAGACGACUGCUGACCACCUAUAUUAAUCAGUAUUUUUGCGAGGACGCGUUGACGAUCGCUUAUUUUAGAUUGUCCACCCUAAGUACUUACUAUGUUCCCCGUGACGGUUCCUUACAAUCCUACCAGGAUUACAUCACCCUACUUCCUAACGUGGAUAGGCCGGAAGCGUUCGGGCAACACCCAAACGCCGAUAUAACCUCCUUAAUCAACGAGUCGAGAAGUAUGUUCGAGACCCUCAUGUCCUUACAAAUCCAGAGUUCAGCGGGGGCGGGUGAAUCAAAAGAAACGAAAGUGCUAAAAUUGGCGGCCGAUGUGUCAACUCGCGUGCCUGGUUUAAUCGACUAUGAAAAUACUGAUAAGUUAACUGGAGUUAAUAAGGCGCCGUUAGAUGUGGUUCUUUUGCAAGAAAUUCAACGGUAUAAUGAGUUAUUAAAAUUAAUCGGUUCGUCCCUGCAAGACUUGGAAAAGGGCAUCAAAGGCCUUGUGGUGAUGUCGUCAGAACUGGAGGAGAUCUUCACUUGUAUUUAUGAGGGCAGGGUGCCCUCGGGAUGGCAAAAAGCAUAUCCUUCGUUGAAACUAUUGGGCUCUUGGACGAGGGAUUUGGUGGCUAGGGUGGAUCAUUUCGCUACGUGGGCGGUAACCACGCAUCCCCCGAUGCUGUUUUGGUUGGCCGCCUACACUUUCCCCACCGGAUUUCUCACCGCCGUCUUACAAACCGCCGCGCGUCAAAAAGAAGUCCCGAUUGAUACCCUGAGUUGGGACUUUACCGUGCUGACGGUGGAAGAAAACACGAUCCAGAGCCCUCCCGAGUCUGGGGUGUAUGUCAGAGGGACUUACUUGGAAGGGGCAGGGUGGGAUAAGAAAAAUGCCAUUUUGAUUGAACCGCAACCGAUGCAACUGGUGUCGGUGAUGCCGCUAAUACAUUUUAAGCCAGUGGAGCAGUUUAAGAAGAAAACUAAAGGAUUAUAUUUAUGUCCGGUUUAUUAUUUCCCUAUUAGGACGGGAGCGGCUAACCGACCGGCUUACGUGGUGGCCGUCGAUUUGAGAUGUGGAACGGAAGGAGCGGAUUAUUGGAUAAAAAGGGGCACGGCCCUACUGUUAAGUUUAGCUAAUUAAACGCGUUUUGUAGUUAUAGAUAAUCGUUAUGGUUAAGUUUUUGCUUUGUUAAUAAAUUAUCUUUCAUUAAAUUUAGCUACGUUUUCCAAAAAAA